AAAAACAAAGUCUUGUUUGGGAGUGAGUGAGUGUGUGAGUGAGUGCGUGCUUGCCGGGGAGGAAGACUCAGGCGGAGGGGCGACAGGUUUCUGGAUCCAGACUCCAAUCCAGUGUCAACAGCAGAUGCUUGGGACCCAUGGACCAGCCUGGGAAUUCGCAUCCGGAGCAUCCAGAGAGAGUCUCCAAGGAUAUUCCAGGUGAGCACGGGAAACAGGCAGGAAGCAGCCAGGCUCACGGAACCGACCGGAAAUCCAAGCGCCUCCGAAGGAAGAGGAAGCUGCUCCUGGAUUCUGACGACGAGGAAGAAAAUGCCGACGACGAGGAGGAAAAGAACAAAUUUAAUUUGAAAAAUCGCAAGACUCUCAAGCCAGUUAAACAAGAUUUCCCGGGGAAGAACUGUGCCUGGAACUGGACGGCAUACUUAGAAGAGGAACGAAUGCCGGCGGCUCCACUAAAACUUUUCAGAGAGUCUCAGUCAUUCCCGCAAAACAAAAACGGAUUCAGAGUUGGAAUGAAACUCGAGGGCCUCGAUCCUGAACAUCCCUCUUUAUUUUGUGUCCUUUCUGUUGACGAGGUGCAGGGGUUCAGAAUGAGGUUACAUUUUGACGGAUAUUCUGAGUGCUACGACUUCUGGGUUAAUGCGGACUCUCCGGACAUUCAUCCCGUCGGCUGGUGCGAGAAAACAGGACAUAAGCUUCUCCCUCCUAAAGGUUACAAAGAAAGGGACUUUAAUUGGACGUCGUAUUUGAAAAACUGCAAGGCCCAAGCAGCCCCAAAGACUCUCUUCAAGGCCGUGAGCACACCCGUGACGCCUUCUGGUUUCCGGGUGGGAAUGAAGUUGGAGGCCGUCGACAAAAAGAACCCGUCCUUGAUGUGCGUGGCAACCAUCGCGGACAUGCUGGACAACCGGCUGCUGGUCCAUUUUGACAACUGGGACGGAAGCUACGAUUACUGGUGUGAUUCUGGGAGCCCGUAUAUUCGUCCGGUUGGUUAUUGCCAAGAAACUGGGACUCCUUUAAUAACGCCAGCUGGGUACAAAGAUUCCAGAACCUUCUCCUGGGAGAAAUACUUGGAGGAAACGGGUUCCCAGGCAGCCCCGGCACGAGCCUUUAAGCCGCGCCCGGCCCAUCGGUUUCAGGCUAAUAUGAAACUGGAAGCUGUCGACAAAAGAAAUCCGAUGUUAAUUAGAGUGGCAACGAUCGUUUCGAAAGAUGACCAUCGUCUGAAGAUACACUUUGAUGGCUGGGACCCUUAUUUUGACUUCUGGGUGGAUGCCGACAGUCCCGACAUCCACCCUGUGGGCUGGUGCGCCAGAACCGGGCACGACCUGCAGCUCCCGCCAGGUGCCGCAGAUCCCGCUGGGACGUCCGGACAAGGAUGCCCUACUCCAGGUUGUCAGGGACUGGGUCACGUUAGGGCCCCCCGAUACGGAACACAUUACACAUUGAUUGGCUGCCCAUAUUCCGAAAUCAAUCGCAGCCGGGAAAGCCCUUUGCAGGACCGCCUGGGCGGAGAAAGGCCGUUGCCCAUUUCCAUUUUGCACAAACGCAAGGAACCCGAAGCUUCCGCAUCACCUUCGGAUCUGGAGGAGGAAGACUCCCCGCAGCCCAGAAAACCAUCCACAGAAAACGGAGACCUGUCGGGACAAAGCAGCACCCACAAUCCGUCAGAACGGUCCGAGGCCGGACAGCGGAAGGACUGGGCUGACGGGGAACCCUCCGUCGACACCAAAACCAAACCCAAAGGGACUGGUUGCUCGCAUGGCUACAUAAAGCUCCAGGUAGUGAAGCAGGAUGUUGAUGGAAGAGGCUCAGCGGCGUUUGCCCUGCGGCAGGCGCUCCACCGGUCCGUCUUCAUGCCGUCCAUGCUCUCCGCGAACCCUCUGCACCGCCUCCAUCUUUGCUGGGAGCAACACUGCAAGCUGCUGCCGGAGGUCUCGGGACUCACGGCCAAGAACGUGGCCAAGUGGAGCGUGGAAGAGGUGGCUAGUUUUAUCCAGCGUUUGCCCGGGUGCAAGGAUCAGGCCGCGCUCUUCCGGCAAGAGCAGAUCGAUGGCGAAGCUUUCCUGCUCCUGAACCAGACGGACAUUGUCAAAAUCCUCAGCAUCAAGCUGGGACCGGCCUUGAAAAUCUACAACGCCAUCCUUAUGUUCAAGACGGCCGAGGAGGACUGAGCGGCAGGGACGGGGACGCGGCGAGAGAGACGGGCGCCCGCCGUCCCCGCAAAGACCAGUCGCAUUUCGGGCCGUCUUGAGUGAAGGAUUCUGGCGCAGAACAGAUUCGGUGGUUUCCCUUCUAGGAAGAGAUAUCUUUUCGUAUUGACUUUGGGUCUGUCGAUCUUUUGUGAAGGUCUUCAGGAUGCAUACCGACACGGAGGAAUUCUGGGUGUUGUUUUCGUCCGGGAGGCAGCUCACUUCACCCUGUUGACAGGGCCUGGAGCUGCGACUGACACGCUCGAUAACAGAGCCUUGCCUUGGUCUGCGGAAUUUGGAGCCGAGGAAUAAGAGAACAAGGGAAAGGGUUAGGAUGAGAUGUUCUUCAAAUACCUGUAGCUGCAUUCGUCGUGAAACUUAUUUUUCCCAGGCUAGUUUUUAUUUUUCCCCCAGCUGUCCAAUUUUUGAGAAUGUUUAUGUCUAGACCAGGCAUGGGCCAACUUCGGCCCUCCAAGUGUUUUGGACUGCAACUCCCACAAUAUCUAACUGCCUAAUAAGACCACAAAAUAAGGCCUCUGUUUAUUUAAUCCAAAGACAUUAGUAAUGCUUAAAUUUAAGUCAGUUUUGAAAUGGCAUUUCCUGAGUUCCGUCAGUAUUAUUAACCAGCCACUAGGACAGGCAUGGGCAAGCCUUGGCGUUCCUUCCAGGUGUUUUGGACUCCAACUCCCACCAUUCCUAACAGCCUCGGGCCCCUUCCUUUCCCCCCUCAGCCAGUUAAGUCAGUGUCCCUUACUGAUGACCUAUCAGCAGGUGGCAACAUAUAUAAGGAGGACGAAAGAAUCCACCUUCCUCUCUCCUGUGUGACUCAGUCCGAGUAUCUGCCUGUAUUAUCGAAUCCAUCUUCCUCUCUCCUGUGUGACUCAGUCCGAGUGUCUCCCUGCAUUGUAGAAUCCAUCUUGCUCUCUCCUGUGUGACUCAGUCCGAGUGUCUCCCUGCAUUGUAGAAUCCACCUUCCUCUCUCCUGUGUGACUCAGUCCGAGUAUCUGCCUGCAUUAUAGAAUCCAUCUUGCUCUCUCCUGUGUGACUCAAUAUGAGUAUCUGCCUGCAUUGUAGAAUCCAUCUUCCUCUCUCCCGUGUGACUCAGUCCGAGUAUCUGCCUGCAUUGUACAAUCCACCUUCCUCUCUCCCGUGUGACUCAGUCCGAGUAUCUGCCUGUGUUGUAGAAUCCAUCUUGCUCUCUCCUGUGUGACUCAGUCCGAGUGUCUGCCUGUAUUAUAGAAUCCAUCUUCCUCUCUCCUGUGUGACUCAGUCCGAGUAUCUCCCUGCAUUGUAGAAUCCAUCUUCCUCUUUCCUGUGUGACUCAGUCCGAGUAUCUCCCUGCAUUAUAGAAUCCAUCUUGCUCUCUCCUGUGUGACUCAAUGUGAGUAUCUGCCUGCAUUGUACAAUCCAUCUUGCUCUCUCCUGUGUGACUCAGUCCGAGUGUCUGCCUGCGUUGUAUGUAGUUAUCUCAUCCCUUAAGCGGCUGAGGGGGGAAAGGAGGGGAUCUGAGGCUGUUAGGAAUGGUGGGAGUUGGAGUCCAAAACAUCUGGAGGGAGGGCCAAAGUUUGCCCAUGCCUGCAUUAAGACAUAGAGAUGAAGCUGUAUGAGCUGAUCAGGGGCCUUUUGUAACGAAUGUGGUUGUAAUGAACUUUCUCUAAAAUGCUGCUAGGCUUCUGUUUAUCUCUCCCGAACAACCACGUUCCUUCUUUUAAUGCCACUGAGAUUUAUUAAAGACUCGUCAUAACUUUGCCAAGUUGGUAGCAAACUUGUAAAUAGUGUGCCAUCCAGGCUCUGGAGCCCGAACACUAUUGAAUAAAUUUGCCAAGGCAACGUG